AUGUCUCAGCCCAACGCAGUUACACAUCAGGGAAAGAGACGUACCGCUGCUCAGAAGGCUGCUGACGAACAGCGUGAAAAGGAGGCAAAGGAGGCAAGUAAUAAAGCUGUGCAGGAAAGUUAUCAGUGUAUUGCAACUAUGCAAGCACAGAUGCAGGCUGAUCAAGAUAAUGCCCGUGUUGACGCACCUAAGCCUAAGUGUCCUCGUGCACGCCAAGUGGGGAAGGCUGCAAAAACCUCAAAGACCCCCGACUUGACUAUGGAUGGUGGGCAAGCAGGAGCAGAAAUUGUCGCCACUGAUAAGCCUGUUGUUGCCAAAGGCAAGGGUCAAAAGGGUAGAGCCAGACAGUUAGCAGCUGGUGCUAAUGUUGAAUAUCCUGCGAGUGAUGAAGACUUGGAGGAGGAGCCGGUAGCAGCAAAACCCCAGAGAAAAAAGACCACCAAACCACUGGUGAGAGAUGCGAUUGAAGCGUUAAACACUGGCGUCGUUAUCGAGUCAUUCGACGGAUCAACAAAGGCACGUGACGCAAACAUUCAGAAGCUUCAAUUGGAUAUUCCCAAACAAUUUUCAUAUUCUGGACGUAUCCCGGGGUGGGUAUCGAUUGUUCCCGCAAACGCCUCAAAGCCAUCCUCCGUGUCCAAGCUCACAAGAGGGAACACUAUCAGCAGCAAUGGUCCACCUCCGUCCACACCCAUCAGUAUUCCCGAUGCUGGGUCUACUUUCUCGAACCUGUAUGCAUCUGAUGUUGACGAGGACGAGGAGCUGUUCAAUAAACCUCUUUCUGGUUUCACAGGCAAAAAGGCUUUAACUUUCCAACCAAAACUGCAAAUCACGUCCAAAGCUCUUGACGAUGUUUUCCCUCGUGGUGCAACCUCAGAACCUGAUCCAAUUGAGGAUGCCAAGCAUGCAGAAGUCCCCCGUGAUAUCUGCGACCAAAUUAUCUUCAUGAAUUUGGAUAUUGGCAAUAUCACCCCUCCUCCACAGCUUGCCUUCCUGGGGGACUAUAAGUCCAAUUCCAAUGCCAGUCACGAGCUACAGGCCACGGAUUAUGACUCUGACCUUGUACCUCCACCCCUUGCCCAAAAACCCACAUCUCACUCCAUCUUCCCAGUGGAUUACAAGUUGCUGGCUGCAAGCCAGAAGCAGAAACAGCCACCUCUUCUGAGCGAUGACGGCUUAUUGUUGCUGUCAUCCGAUGAUGAAAUCGUGGAGGUCACUAAUGACCGUAUGAUCACAACUAAGGCUGAACCUACUUCUGAACCAGUGUCCAUGCACUGGUUGACAUCUAUGACCAACAUUGCUACCACUCUCAAAGCCCCUCCGGCAAAACGGCUGAAGUCCGAAUCAUCCACUACUACUAUAACUGGUUCCCAUCUUGCUAUCGCCACUUCUCCAAGGCAAUUGCAUGUUCUGCAUUCAGAAAGAAGCAUCUUCCAAAGGGUUGUCAGAUGGCAAACAAUCAGCCUUGGACGCGGUCUACAAAGACAAGAUUCCACACAUGGUUACAGCAGACAGGCCCACAGGCCCUCAGCCUGGGACGCGGUCUACAAAGACAAGAUUCCACACACGGUUACAGCAGACGGGCCUGUCAUCGCCCUCACCCUCCAGCGGUUGUCGAAGUGGCACAAUAGUAUUAGCAAUGUGGCUCUCAUUGUACUCGCAAACUUCAUGAUCUCCCAGGAGGACCUCGACACCGAUCAGGACCAUCAAGAUUUUGCAUCGGGCUUGCUCGAAAAUCUCUGCUUUUUGUUCGGGGACAUCUCAGAGGACAGAGAGAUGUCCAGACCAUUCCAGUCUGACCUCCUUGUGCAGGUCCUCGUCCAGCACAAAUGUGCCACGUCUGGCACUGUCAACAUGCCAGGAAUAAACAACACAUUGCUGGGACACUCGAAGGGCGCUCUUGCUCUCAUUACAGCAGUGGCAUGUAUUUUUUUCCUCCUCAUACAGCUGACUCACCCUGUGUUUUGGAUGGAACAUGCCAUCAAACUUUUUGCCAAUGGGCAGAUGCUUCUGAGCGACAUCGACACCGCUGGCAACUGCCGAAACAACAAGACCCUGCUGCACAUUAAUCUGUCAAUGGACCAGGGCUUACAUCACAUCUAUCAGCCGCUUGCCAUUUACUGCAUUGCAGAGCUCGCACACAACCUUGCCAUGAAGAGGUGCGGCACAUGGAUGGAGGUGGAUGACCAAACUGAGGAUGAGUGA